AUGGAUCGCCCGGCUUUUCAUCCUGGACCUGUUUCUCGUGAGCUACUUACGCUCCAGGCGGGCCAUAGGCCUUCACAUAUCUGGGAUGGAGAGUUGCUUAGCCAGAACUUCCACCCGAGACACAUUGAUGACUUCUGGGAGUUUAUUAGGGAUAACCCACUUCAUCAUCGCACAGUUGUUUGCCUCACUCAAGCUGGUUUUUACCAAGUUGUUGAGGUCGGUCGGUUGCAGUUCAAUUGGCCUUUGAUCAUGGCUCUUAUUGAGCGUUGGAGGCCUGAGACGCACACAUUUUAUUUGCCUACCGGGGACGCCACCAUCACGCUACAGGACGUGGAGGUUUUAUUUGGGUUGCCCGCGGACAGUCUUGUUGUCCACUACCCGCUCGCGGUUAGGGAGUAUAGGAAGCAUGACUAUCUAGAGAUGCUAGAGAGGCUCACUGGAUUCUUGCCGGCUGAGGAGACUGCGAUUAGUGGAUUUAGUCAAUUAUAG